CAUGAACCAACGGAUGCCUGUACAAAACCGGACUUGGUCAAUGAACAGGCAGUCUGGCAGCUUGACGACUCAAGUGGCUGUAAUCAGUUGGAUCCCGCUGAGUUUGUCGAACAGCUUAGCACUGAGCUCGGCUCUCUUGUCUUAAACGGACCAGACCUAGAGGAGAGCAGAUAUGGCAGUGACUUCGGCUCGAGCUCCAAGUCUUCUCUAUUCAGACCUGAACUGGACGCUGCUGGAAAUGCGUCUGACCUACCACUUAAUUUCAUAAAUACUCCUGUAACUCAGGCUGGCGAACGGCAUGCUGUCCUGGGCGUUUUCAGCCAGGGGCCUAAUGUAGAUUACGUUAAGAUUGUCGGAAAUGCUAGAAGUAUGUUCAAACCAAUCGGUUUUUAUACGGACAACGAAGAUCUGUCUCCUCUACAACCGGACGGCUUUAAGCUAAUAUCAAUAGGUCUUGGAACGAGUCCCAGUCAGAAAGAUAUGCAGAAUUCGCUUUUAGCUACUGACAAGGUAACUGCCACCUACCCCCGCCGUUUUCCUAUUAUCUUAUUAUUCUAUAUAAUGUUGAUUCAGAAUUUGAAUUUUCGUUGUCACUGCUUUAUCAUUGAAGAGGAGAAGAAUUUUGGAAAUUAG